GGGACGACCAAAGCAGAUGUGGAUGCUGUUGUGGUGGACUUGAGGGACACUGUGAAACUGCUGGAAGAAAUGAACUGAUGGACUUCAGAUGCAUAACUUAAACUGCCAGGUAUGGUGCUUCAUCGGGCUAUCCAGGCUGCUCGAGCGGGCGAUGUUGCCACCCUGAAGGAACUGGCAUCUUCUGGUCACCUUUCAUCAUCCAUCACUGAUAUUCAAGGUGCAGGCCCAGUGCACCAUGCAGCCAGGUGUGGACGUGUUGAGAGCCUGCAGUACCUGGUGAGCGAACUGGGUCUGGCAGCUGAUGCCCGAGCUUUAAACCGGGCAACACCAGCACAUGAUGCAGCAGCUACUGGUCACAUCCGGGAGCUGCAAUGGCUGGUUGACCAAGGAGGUUGCAACACUGAGGAUAAAGAUGCUUCUGGUGCCACUGCGCUUCACCUUGCGGCUCGGUUCGGUUGUGUGGACGUCAUCAAGUGGCUGCUCUCAGUCGGAGGAGUGGCCCAGGUGGAGACGAACUGCGGAGCUGUACCCGCUCACUACGCUGCAGCCAACGGGGACCUCACCUGUUUAAAACUAUUGGUUGAGCCGGCACCAGGGUGUGUGAACCGACAGACGGGCCUUGGUGCUACUCCACUGUAUCUGGCCUGCCAGGAGGGUCACCUGCAUGUGGUCGAGUAUCUGGUGAAGGACUGUGGGGCUGAUGUCCACCUGAGGGCCUACGACGGCAUGACAUGCCUGCAUGCCGCUUCCCACAUGGGACAUAAAGCUGUGGUGGUGUGGCUGGUGACCUGCACUGAUGUCAGCCUGUCGUGCCAGGACAGAGACGGUGCCACGGCUCUGCACUUUGCUGCCAGCAGGGGGCACUAUUGUAUCUUGGAGCGCCUGCUUCAUGUGGGUUCAAAGGUCAUGAAGGAUUACUGGGGAGGAACCCCACUUCAUGAUGCUGCAGAGAAUGGAGAGCUGGAGUGCUGUAAAAUCCUGUUGGCCAAUCAAGCCAAUCCCUCUGAGCAGGAUAUUGAUGGGUUCACAGCAGCAGACCUGGCAGAGUACAACGGACACUACGAUUGUGCCAGAUAUCUCCGUGCCAUGGAGAAGAAUACUCCUUGUGCUGAUAAUCCCAUCGAGGUAAUCACUCCAGAGGUGGAAGAGGUGAAGAUCAAACCAGCUGUGUCAUUGCAGCAGCGCAGCAGGGAGGAUUACUACGGGAGCCUCAGUGACACAUGCAGGGACACUGACAGCAAUAACACACCCAUGGAUAGUUUAAAGCAACCUGAGACCGAGGAGUCCCCUCAGGCGAGACACCCCCAGGCCCCUCCUGUACCUACUUCUGCUGCAUCCACAACUGCAGUCACUAACAGAAUAGAGCAGAUUCAAAUCGCAGCAUCUGUUAUUAAAGGUUUUAAUCAGCCCAAACCAGCUGGGGGGGAGAAACCCGUCUCUGCUGAUAAGAAGGGUCCUCCAGAUGGAAUCCUGCUGGGAGAAAAAAAACUUAUUGGCGACAUGAAAUCCAUUACAUCUCUAAAGCAAUCGGGGUUAUCAGGAGUCUUCACUGGACAAGCAAAUAAGAUGGUGGUCCUGCCCACUGAGGAGGCCAAUCUGUCCGAUAUCGACUACCUGGUGCCCACUCACGAUGAGAGAGGCCGUCCCAUUGCUGAGUGGAAGAGGCAAGUCAUGGUGAGACAGCUGCAGGCCAGGCUGCUGGACGAGGAGGAUCAGAGGAGGAAGGAAAAUGGGAACAGAUUUGCCAAAGUCAGCUGGAGGUAUUCCCAAGCCCACAAUGCCAUCCUGGGGCCCUCUGGUGAGCUGCUGACUGAGGAUGACCUCAUCUAUCUGGAGCAGCAAAUUGCCAACGUCUCCAUGCAGAGAAACUGUGAGGGCUAUGAGCUGGAGCUUGCUCGCCUCGCCAACGAGCUCAGACACAUCCUACCGGCGCCCAUCGUCAACAUCACGGUCAACACACAGUUCAGAAACUUCCCAAGUCAGAUCCCGUUACCGCUGUGGUGCAGUCGCAUCUCUGGCAUCGUAAAGAGCAUGUCGCUGCUCAUGAGUAACCUGACCGACCAGCCGUACUGCAAGAUGCCCAACACCGAGCUCAUCUCAGUGUUCUCUCAGACGUCAGACAGACAGAACUCCACCAGAGGACGCAGGGAGAUGAUAGAAGAUGAAAUCCAUCAGUUUGGCGUGUCUGUGAGGACUCUAAAGUCUAAUUUUGAGACACAGAACUCACCCCUGUCUGAUGGUAAUGAGGAGCCUGUCACGUUGAAUGUGUGCACAGAGCUUGAGCCUACAGUGUCAGACAAACAGCUUAAAGUCUUGAGAGUAGCCCCAGAAACAGACCAGAACAGCGACUCUGGUAUUGACUACGACGAAAAUAUGCCGGACGUACUAGAGACCACCAGCCUCAGAAAGGAGCGCAUAGUCGUGUUGUUCUUAGGUCACUGGAAGAAGUCGGCAUACACUGUGACUCUAAAGAGUAAAGAUGUAGCAGAGAGGAAGAACAGCAGCGGAAACCCGACCAUGGGUGACAAAAGUGAUUCCGAUCGCAGGGGCAGCAUGGAGAGCACCCAGUCAAAGAUGAUGAACAGCUCGCUGGGUCAUUUCUUCAAGCAGAGGAGUGCAGUCAACAAGAUGCUGGGAAACUGGAGAAACAUGAUCUCCAGUGUCCCAUCCAGGCAGAUACGCAGGCUUCACAGGCAGCAGGCGCUGUAUUCCCCAGAGCAGUUCCUCCCCCGUGUGGACGGAGUGCCAGUAGAGUACGAUAAGCUGACCCUGGAUCUCUUCAUGCUGGGCUACUUUCAUAUCCUGGAGUUAGAGCUGCCUGUGGAUGAACGUAAAAUGAGGCAUCUGCUGUGCUUCGAGGUGUUCGACCACAUUGGGAGCUAUCCCUGGGAGAUGGUCAGGGACUUCCACAAGGCGGUCAUACAGGACAUUGAGGCCGGGAACCGAGAGUGGAAGGACGGCUUUGAGGACAUUAAAGUAAAGUUCUUUGGAAAUGCACCUAGUCAGUCUGAAAGCCCGGCAGAGGUGCAGAAACACAGCCUACCAGAGGUUAGACAGGUCCCUAAAGUCAUCGUGCAGACACCCACACCUGACGAGGGGGUGCUCUAUAGAGGAACUGACAUUUCCAGUUUCAGCAAUGAGGAAAUUUGUAAAUACAUUGAUCGGAGUUUUGCAUUUUGGAAGGAGAAAGAGGCAGAGAUUUUUUAUUUUGAGUAGUUUCUUUUUAAUAUUUUUGUAUGGUUUGUAGUUAGACGACAUUAGGGCUGGGUAUCAAAAAUAAUCUCACUUUCCAAAUGUAUCAUGUAUGAAUCUUGUCUUUAGAAAACUGUCAGGUGCUCAAAGUCAAAAUUCAGUGAGCUUUGUUUACUUGUUCUUUAUUCACAUAUUGUCAAAUUUAAAUUAUUAUUUUGUUAAUUUUCUAUUUUUAUUUUGUUAAUCCAUGAGAAACCACAAGCGUUGCAUGUUUGGACUUGUUAAAUUUUCCCCAAAAAAGUCUUUUUAGAGUAACAUGUUUAUAUGGAAACAAUACAGAGAGAUAUAGAGGUCUGUAGUAAAACUGGUAACAGGUAUCAAAUUGAUACUGACCCAUUUUCUGAAUACCCAGCCCUAUUACAAAUGCCAGAGUGCUUAGUGUACUAGUGUGUUUUCCUGAGAAUAAACAUCUCUGUUUUGAGGUUA